CGCUUUACUGGAAUCUUCUUUUCUCCUUCUACAUAUAACUGAUAAUCUCUCUCAACUCUUUCAAAUACUAAGCACUCAGUCGCCGCAUCAGAAAACUCAAAGAGGAUGGCAGGAGGUAACCCUCCAAAACCCUCCUCCAACAAGCCAGCUCCCUCUGCUUCACACCGGAAAUCCCGAUGGGAAUCUACCACCGGAAAAAAACCUUCUUCCGAUCCCAAAACCUCAGUAGCCGGUGCCGGCGCUGCAUCCGGAUCCGGUGACCCCAAAUCGAAGCCCUCUCCAAAACCCACAAACCCAAAUCAGCCUACGACUCCAAAUCCGAAACCCAUUAGCAAACCGUCACCAAAACCCGACCCGAAUGCUCACUUUGGCUUGCCCCCUUUCCCUUUUCGUGACCCACCUCCACCCCCUUUAUAUGGGUUUCACAUGCUUGAACGUAGGACCAUAGUUCUAGCUGAUGGUUCAGUACGGUCUUACUUCGCAUUACCCCAUGAUUAUCAGGAUUUUCCAGCUUUUCCCCGGCCGGACUUUCGUGGUCCGCCGGGGUUAGGAUUUGAGAGGCAGUUUCCGGAUGAUGGGUUUAUGAGGAAUAGGAAUCCGGAUCAUUGGAAUCCGUUAGGGGUAGAAGGGGGACGUGUUGGUGAUGGUGCAAUGAAGAGGAAGUUUGGUGACGAGGGAAAGGAUGGGCUUGAUAGGUUAAGGCAACAAGUGUUGGAACAUGGAAAUGCUGGUCCGGUUCCGCCCGGGUCAAGUAGUUCGUAUAUGGGUAGAGGAGAAGAAAUGAAUAGGCCACCAAAAUAUAUGAGAAGUGGAGGUUUUGAAGGGAGGGCGAGUAGGACUAAGCACAAUGAGGUGGAUCAAAGUGCAUUAAAGAAGUCUUUUUUGCCUAUGGUGAAGUUAAUUUUUGACACUGCUAAUGUCAAAAGGAGUUAUUUGGCUGAUGGAAAGCAGGGGCGUUUGCAGUGUCUUGCUUGCAACAGGACUGCAAAAGAUUUUCCUGAUAUGCACUCUCUCAUUAUGCACGCCUACAACCCGGAUAGUGCUGAUUCACUUGUGGACCAUUUGGCCUUCCACAAAGCAUUAUGUGUUCUGAUGGGAUGGAACUAUUUGACACCUCCUGAUCACUCAAAGUCAUAUCAGAUGUUAUCUGCUGAUGAAGCAACUGCAAACCGAGAUGAUCUAGUUUUGUGGCCGCCUUUGGUUAUAAUCCAUAACACUAUCACAGGAAAACGCGAUGAUGGGCGCAUGGAGGGUUUGGGAAACAAGGCAAUGGAUAGUUACCUUAAAGGUAUUGGAUUUCACGGUGGCAAGGCAAAGGCCUUGUAUAGCAGAGACGGUCAUCUAGGUGUUACCCUGGUUAAGUUUGCAAGUGACCAAUCAGGUUUGACGGAAGCCAUGCGGUUAGCUGAAUAUUUUGAGAAAGAUAAUCAUGGGAGAAAUGGUUGGGCUCGACUGCAGCCCUUGACUCUAGGCAAGGAUGAUGAGAACAAUCCUGACCUUUGCAAGUAUGAUCAUCGGACUGGAGAAAAGAAGAGGGUCUUCUAUGGUUACCUGGGCACUGUUAACGACUUAGAGAAGGUUGAUUUCGACUUCCGAAAGAAGAUAACCAUCGCUAGCCGAUUGGAUUACAAGCCAUCUGGUUAGAACCAGGUCAAUAGAUUUGUGUUUGAGAUAUGCUUAAGUUGAGAGUAUUACUCAAUUCUCUGUUCUAGAUAUUGUCGUUUCGUGUUACUUGUGUUGCCCUUGGGAAUCGGAGAGUUGGGGCUCUCUGGUAUAACGGUAGGACUAAGAUAUUAAUGCCAUGCAUGUCUCUUUUCCCUUCUCUUGUAGUGAAACAUCUCUGGCACAAGAUUAGUGGUUUCGAAGUCCAAUGGACUUGCUGUUUGUUCUCGUCCUUCCUCGAUUUGAGGCUGGGUGUACCAAUGAUCAUGGUUCAUAAAUUUGUCUCAAGGUUUAAUUUA